AUGACCAUCCUCAACACCACAGAAGCCCUCUGGGCCCGCCUCGUCACAACCCACGACCCCCAUACCAUCGACUUCACCGGCACCCUCAUCAUCCAAUUCAUCUUCUGGUGGAUUCCCUGCAUCCUCUUCAUCUGCCUCGACUCCAUCGCCCCCUCCUUCUCCGCCCACCACAAAAUCCAACCCGCCCCCAAACAACCCUCCUCCGCCGACAUCCUCCACUCGAUCCUCAUCUGCACCCGCAACCAAACCAUCGUCUUCGCCCUCCACGCCGCCCUCCUCCACGCCUCCUCCGUCAAGAACCGUCCCCCGAGCAUCAGAGUCGACCCUCGCUUCCCCCCGCUCCAAGAAUUCGCCUCCCACCUCGCCCUCAGCGUCCUCGCCCGCGAAGUCCUCUUCUACACCUCCCACCGCAUCUUCCACUGGCGGCCCCUGUACAAGCGCUUCCACAAGACGCACCACAAGUUCACCGCCCCCGUCGCCUUCUCCUCGCAGUAUGCCCAUCCCGUGGAGCACCUCGCGGCCAACGUCCUGCCCAUCUUGCUGCCGCCGCUGCUGUUGGGGUCCCAUAUCCUGACCAUGUGGGUGUUUGUGGCCUUUCAGCUCAUCGAGACUUCGACGGUGCACAGCGGAUACGAUUUCUUUGCGGGAGCGGCUAGGAAACAUGAUAGACACCACGAACGCUUCGAGGUGUAUUAUGGCGGAAUCGGGCUCCUAGACUACGUUUUUGGUACGGAUGAAAGAGAGGGACCUGGGAGAGAGAAGAAAGAAUGA